GGUUGCUCAACAUUGACAGUGGUUUCUUUUGUAUAUUUAGACUGGGAGAGUUUCAGAGAGAAAGGGAAACACAGAGAAGCUUCCAUUAUAUUCAUCUAUGGCUUCUAAGCUUCUUUUGAUUGCUGUCUUUGUUCUUGAUCUUAUUGCUUUUGGUUUAGCUGUUGCAGCUGAGCAAAGAAGAAGCACUGCCAAGAUCGUCCAGGACAGUGAAGUUAAUUACAACUAUUGUGUAUAUGACUCAGACAUAUCCACUGGCUAUGGUGUUGGUGCAUUUUUGUUCCUCGUGGCUAGCCAAGCCCUUAUAAUGGUCGCCAGCCGAUGCUUCUGCUGUGGAAAGGCCAUGAACCCUAGUGGUUCAAGGGCCUGGGCAGUCAUCCUUUUCAUUGUUUGCUGGUUGUUUUUCCUAAUAGCCGAGAUAUGCUUGCUCGCCGGAUCGGUCCGGAAUGCUUACCACACCAAGUACCGGACCAUCUUCAGCGAGCAGCCUCCGUCUUGUGAAACAGUGAGAAAAGGAGUGUUUGGUGCAGCGGCAGCCUUCAUUUUCUUAACAGCCAUAGUCAAUAAGUUCUAUUUUAUUAGCUACUCAAAUGCUAGGGAGAACAGCUUCCAGCCUUACGGAGGCGGCCGAGAGGCCGGAGUUGGCAUGGGAGGCUACAAAUGAGCGAUGCCGGAAGAGAAUUGGGACUUCAAGUUGUUGCAGUAAUAUGCGACUGCAUGAACUCCAUGCUAUUAAUUUGGUUGCUUCAUUUUCUGGGAUUUUUAGUUCCAUUUCAUGUUCUUAAGGGUUCGAUAUAUAGGCAAUAGAUGGUAUUUCGUAUUAGAUUCAUCAUUUUUUUUAUUUACUUUUCUCCCAAAAAAUAAAAAUUCUGUAGAAUUUUUUGAAGUUUCUUGUAAACAAGCAAAUAACAAAGACUGGUGUUUGUGUUC